AUGGAGCCCGGAAAAGAAGGAGCUGCCCCCACUUCCAAGGAGGGAAUUAAACAGCUCGCUGGGAAGGCCCUCGGCCAUCUGUACAGGCGGCUGGAGAGGAAGCAGCAGACCAGCGAGGCCAUCGAGCUCACGGAGGAUGGGAGACCGCGCAGCGACGGGGAGCGCCGUACUCCGCUCUGCGACUGCACCUGCUUCGGGCUUCCGCGGAGGUACAUCAUCGCCAUUCUCAGCGGCCUCGGCUUCUGCAUCUCCUUCGGGAUCCGCUGCAACCUGGGUGUGGCCAUCGUCAGCAUGGUCAACCCCCGCACCGUGCACGAAAACGGCAAGAUCAUCAUCAAGGAGGGAGUGACUUAUCCAGCCUGCCAUGGCAUCUGGAGUAAAUGGGCCCCACCGUUGGAAAGAAGUCGACUGGCAACCCUCUCCUUCUGUGGAUCAUACGCUGGAGCGGUGGUGGCGAUGCCUCUGGCUGGGAUCCUGGUGCAGUACACGGGCUGGUCCUCUGUCUUCUACGUGUAUGGGAGCUUUGGGAUCGUGUGGUACAUGUUCUGGGUCCUGGUGUCGUACGAGAGCCCAGCGGAGCAUCCCACCAUCACGGAAGAAGAGAGGCGCUACAUCGAGGAGAGCAUCGGGGAGAGUGCGCAGCUUAUGGGCGCCAUGGAAAAAUUUAAAACGCCCUGGAAGAAAUUCUUUACCUCGAUGCCCGUCUAUGCAAUCAUUGUGGCCAACUUCUGCAGAAGCUGGACCUUUUACCUGCUGCUCAUUAGUCAGCCAGCGUAUUUUGAAGAAGUAUUUGGCUUCGAAAUCAGCAAGGUUGGGAUGGUCUCUGCUCUUCCUCACCUGGUUAUGACGAUUAUAGUACCGCUGGGAGGGCAGUUGGCCGAUUAUCUACGCACACACAACAUCAUGUCCACCACGACGGUCCGGAAAAUUAUGAAUUGUGGAGGGUUUGGAAUGGAGGCUACGCUGCUGUUAGUGGUGGGUUACUCUCACAGCAAAGGAGUUGCAAUAUCGUUCUUAGUUCUUGCUGUGGGGUUCAGUGGUUUUGCAAUAUCAGGUUUCAAUGUCAACCACCUCGACAUUGCUCCCCGCUACGCCAGUAUCCUGAUGGGCAUCUCCAAUGGUGUGGGGACGCUGUCAGGGAUGGUCUGUCCUCUCAUCGUGGGGGCAAUGACCAAAAAUAAGACCCGGGAGGAGUGGCAGUACGUCUUCCUUAUCGCCUCCCUGGUGCAUUACGGGGGCGUCAUCUUUUACGGCCUCUUUGCUUCGGGGGAGAAACAGCCCUGGGCGGACCCCGAAGAAACCAGCGACGAGAAGUGUGGCUUUAUCGACGAAGACGAGCUGGCAGAGGAGACCGGAGACAUCACGCAGGGCUACGGUGCUAUAGCGGGGCCAGCCAAGAGCUACGGAGCCACGGCCCAGCUGAACGGAGGCUGGGUUCAGGACUGGGACAAGACUGAGCAGUACGUCCAAGAACCAGCGCAAAACGUGUAUGCAGAGCGAGGCUAUUCUUAA